AGAGAGAGAGAAGAGAGAGAGUAUAGAGUCGCUUUUAGUUUUUUUUUUUUCUCAAUUCUGUAUAACGUUAGUAUAAUACGCCAGCCUUUUCCAGCAAAUACCCAAUUGUGACUUUUGCCGUUUCUUUUUCAUAUUUAGUCCUUUCCUCUCAUCUCCAUGUGAUUAGAGCUUUUUUCUACUUCCUUCCCUGCCCAUCUCUUGUGUAUCCAAAUAGUUAUUUACUUUCUAAGCUUUUUUUCCUUCCUUUCUUUGUUUCUGAGUCGUUUCUAUUUUCAGAUUUAUCACUCGGAAACAGGCGUUAAAAGUAAAGCAAAUCUUGGUUCUGGAGCAAACUGAAGCGUUUAUAACACGGGCGUUUGAGUUCCUUUCAAUUACAUAAGGUAGAGAAUCAAUAAUCGCUUCUCACUAUGUAUCAGUUUACUAUGCCUGCAUUCACUUUUUCCUAGGAAACAAACCUCAAAGUUCUCAAAAAAAAGAAGAGUGUUCAGAGAGAGUUAGUUUUUAUUUUUAUUUUUUAUUUUAUAUAAUUUGUGUUUUUUGGUAUUGAUCAUGAGGGAUUUUCCUUCUUGUUUUGGGGAAAAUGGUAUUCAAGUUGCUGAUUCCUCAUCAUCUGGUACUACUGGUAAAAAUGCUCAGAACUUGGUCACCUGUGUUUAUCAGUGUAAAUUAAGGGGUCGUUUAUGCUUGAUUACCGUUACAUGGACCAAGAACCUGAUGGGUCAAGGCCUUAGCAUUGGGAUUGACGAUUCGGCCCAUCAAUGUCUUUGUAAGGUGGAUAUAAAGCCUUGGUUGUUCUCCAAGAGAAAAGGGUGCAAAAACUUGGAGGUUGAUUCUAGCAAAAUUGACAUGUAUUGGGACUUGACCAAUGCUAAAUUUGGUGCUGGUCCUGAACCAUUAGAAGGGUUCUAUUUAGCUGUGAUUUUCAAUGGAGAAAUGAUUUUACUUCUUGGUGACUUGAAAAGAGAAGCUUAUAAGAAGAUUGACAAUGACGCCGAGCGAGUUCGUUGUUCAAAUUCCAUAUUUGUGGCCAAGAGAGAGCACAUCUUUGGGAAGAAGUUCUAUGUGGCCAAGGCUCAAUUUUGUGACAAGGGUCAGACACAUGAUGUCGCCAUCGAGUGUGACACCGUCGGGCUAAAUGAUCCGAGCCUUGUGAUUCGCAUCGAUAGUAAACCGGUUAUGCAAGUGAAGAGGCUGAAAUGGAAGUUCAGAGGGAACAACACCAUUUUGGUUGAUGGGCUACCUGUGGAAGUCUUUUGGGAUGUGCACAAUUGGCUCUUUGGCAAUAAUAAUAACAUGGGCAAUGCAGUUUUCAUGUUCCAAACUUCCCUUUCGGCUGAGAAGCUUUGGAGCAACCAAUCUGUGUUUGAUCCUUCUGUGCUCACCCGGUCUUAUUCUCAGCAAAUUAAGGAUUGCCAAACGCAAGGUCUCGGAUUCUCGCUCAUAUUGUAUGCUUGGAAGAAUGAAUAGACAUGUAUUUACUUUACUUUUCCUUCUUUAUUCAGUUUUGAGUGUUGAUGUAAACUUCAGAAUGUUGAUUUUUGUUAAAAAUAUGUGAUCAAUACAGUAGUACAUGGUUUUUCCUCAGCA